GAAAAGAGUGACUGCGAGUCGAGUCUCUGGCUAGCCGAGCAGCCGCGCAGCAGUAGUAACUAGUAGUCGCCCGACUGACAGCAAAUAUUUAUCAACGUGAGAAAUAUAUUGUAAUACGUGCAUUACGUUAUUACGUAGGCAUCGAUAUUAUAGCUAAAAAAGCGAUUGAGCUUCGCGACAGACAUUGAAGAGUAAUUAAUCGUCCGCAGGGAGCGAUUUUGUGAAUAGACAAAAAGUAUAGUGGAAAGAGUACUUGUUUGGGCUUCGUCUCUCUCGCUGAAACAGACACACACACACAGAACAAUCAACAUGUCAGACCGCAAAGCAGUUAUCAAGAAUGCAGAUAUGUCCGAGGAGAUGCAGCAAGAUGCUGUGGACUGCGCCACGCAAGCAUUGGAAAAGUACAACAUUGAAAAGGACAUUGCUGCUUUCAUCAAGAAAGAGUUUGACCGAAAAUACAAUCCAACAUGGCAUUGCAUUGUUGGCAGAAAUUUUGGCAGUUAUGUGACGCACGAAACAAGAAACUUUAUAUAUUUUUAUCUAGGCCAAGUUGCAAUUCUUUUGUUUAAAAGUGGAUAAAUUUUGUAAAUUUAAAAUCUAUUUCCGGUACUCUUUCUCUUAUCUAUUUUGCUCAGUAUCCCAUAUGCCCUACGUCCCAGUCACACUGUCUCACAAGCAUGUUUGUGCACAUAUGCAUAUUGAUAAAUAUUGAUGGUGAUAUUUAAUUUGUGUACUGUGCAAUCUGCUCAGAACUAAAAGAGCUUCAAAGAAUACAUAAGACGAUAUCAAAUUCUAAAUGUUUGAAAAAUUUUGUUAAGUUGAAGUAAAUUUCAGAUCUAUCGAUGAAUAUUUGUUAAUUAAAUCUUUUCAUUAUGCUGAAUAAAAAGUUUUCAUAAAAUUUAAUUAAUUAAGGCAAUGCCUUGUGUUCAUAAGAUUUGGUAUUCUAAAUAAAUUUAUCAGUAUGAAUUUGAAGAAAAUUUCAUAUGAAGGAGACUUGACACUGAAUCAUAUGAAUAGAGGGUAUGAAUAAAGUUGUUAGUGCAUUCAUUUUUUUUAUCAUUGCUUAAGAAUAAUUGUGAAAAAUUGCAAAUUUCCUAAGUAUGCAUCAAUAUUUUUGUUUUCUUUCAAUCAAUACAUUGUGUUGUAUAAAGUGUAGAAAGCAACAUUCCUAGAUAUACUAAAUGAAAGUAUGGUGAUUAAUAGUAUAAAAAAUAUAUAUAAUGAUCAUUUCUUUUGAUCGUUUAUUAUAUUUGAUAACUUGUUAGUAAAAAUUUCCGUUUUUUUUCAUUCAUGUUUACUGAAUCCAUGAUGAGAAUCUGUUUGAUAUUGAAAAAUUUUACAUGCUGAGUUGAACAAUCAAUGAUUUUGCGCAUUUUUUCAAAUUUAUAUUGACUUGAAACAACCAGAAUAUAUGUAGCGAUAAAAAUGUUAAAUAUUGCAACUCCACUAUUAAUAAAUUCGACUCUAAAAUCAUCUCUAUUAAACUUUGCAUACAUCUUAAUUUUCAAACUAUUGUAAAUCGAAAUGUGCGUGUCUUCAAACUUCUUUCUUUUGACGUAUCAAAAUGUAAGAAAUAUCAGAGUGGAAUAAAAAAAAUGAUAAAAAAGCAAA